UUUGAAAGGAAAGUCGUUCACCUAUCCAGGUAAACAAAACGUGAACAACAAAGUGGCUGAACCAGCAACACAUCAAGCAUCAAUAGCUCUAUAUCAGUACAUGUGCAAUAAUAUUGUUGGGACAGAGGAUAAUGUUAAAUCACUCAGAAUGAUCAACACUGUCAGAGAUAAUUUAUCACGCAAUGAAAUCGAAACAACAAUCACUAGUGGAAGUUUUGGAGAAGGUCUUGAUAUGCGUGGAAGUGACGUUGAUCUCGUGAAAGUGAUAUCAUUUAUUGAGGUUUGUGAAAACAUAAACGGUCCUUUCAACCCUGAUAAAACAUAUUUUACCAUGGAAACAGGCGAAGCACAACCAGGAUAUACCCUAUUACGUCUGAUUCAUAGUAAGAAUUUGAAAAUGUUUGAACUUUGUAAUGAAAUAGAAGGUGAAUACUAUUUUUCAAACCUUAAAAUAAAACAACUAUUCUUGCACAAGUUUUCUUCGAUCAUCCAUGGACCAUGUGUUUCUGACAAUGAUGGAUUUACGGAUAAUGCCUACACCAUACACAACAGAUCAUGGAUAACACAAGCAGAAGAGUGGAAAACACGAUCAAAGAACGCAUGGCCGGAAAACGAUGUUAAACAGUCAAUUAUAAAACACGGUGUUCUGUUUGUACCAAAAGGUGUUCAAGGAUCUAAGAAAGAAGAAUUAGAAUGGCGAAUAUCGUUUUCCGUUGGAGAAAAGUUUCUUAUCUAUACUUUCACACACACACAAUUACUGUGUUAUGCUCUUAUGAAAAUUCUUUUAAAAGGCGUGAUAGAUACUGACUUUGAAUGUCAAGAAUUAUUAUCCUCAUAUUUUAUGAAAACAAUUUUAUUUUGGAUAUCUGAGGAAUUUCCACUUUCGAUAUGGAGGCCAGAAAACCUGAUAUCUAAUUUUAUGAUGUGUGUGAAGAGACUAAUAUACUGUGUUGAAAACUCAGUUUGUCCACAUUACUUCAUUCCUGAAAAUAAUUUAUUUAAACAUAAGAUUAAAGGACACGCAAAGGAAACACUGUUAAACAAACUGAACAUUCUAGAUAGUUAUGGGUGGCGAUGUAUCUUAUUUUCAGAUCAAAUGUCGAAUUUCAAUGAAUUAGCAUUGUACAAAGAAGUGCAUCUAAUGUAUGGUGAAAAUCUUAAACUACUAAUGUCUCCAUCUAUGCGUUUACGAGACCGUUCAAUCGCAAGUUCAAGUGAUCAUUUGUCAUGGAAGAAAGGAAUUCACAUGGUUUUGUCCAAUAACAGUUCCAAAAUAAGAGACUUUUACUCGUUCUAUACGUCAACGAUCUUAUUCUAUAGUGACAAUUUUCUAACAUUUGAUGAUAUACGCGAUAAUAAAUCUACCUAUAAACAAUACAAGACUUGUAUAAGUACUGUGUUAUUGAAUGCACGUCAUGAUGCUGUUUCUGGGUGGCUAAAGUUAGCAUCGUUUUUCUAUAGGACUAAACAGUACAAUAUAGCUCUCGCAAUUCUGCAGUAUUCACUUUUAAAAUGUUCACCCGAAAAACUUUACUUUGGCAUUCGUUUGUCGCAUAUACAUAAUGAAAUAUUAAGUUUGCAUUUGUUUAAACGGAUGACUGUUACUCGUUUGAAAAAAAUGCUGCUUUUCAAUCAUUUAAGGUUUACUAAAAACUGUACGUUGUUACCAGAUGAAUUACAAAUCAAGGAAAAUUUGUCAUAUUACCAAAUACCACCGGAGGUAUAUGUUCAUUUCCUUUCUUUUCUUUGUCAUUAUAAUAUGAAAAAUAUUAUUCCAUGUCAGCAUUCUCUCCAAGAUUUACAAUUAACUAUAGAGGAAGAGCAUUUCAUUGCAAGUGACUCAGAUAGGGCUAUUUCCUACAAUAUCCUCGGUAUAGUUUUUCAGGUUUUAGGAGACAUAGAAUCAGCUAGACGUGCAUUUAUAAACUCUAUAGAACUCGAAGCAGAUCCAGAUUUGAAUACUGCUUUCCGGAAUUUGUUUUUAAUUGGUGGAAUGUAAUUCAGUUAAUGUAAUACAACCGGAGAUUUUACUAAGUCUUUUGGUGAUUAAAGUAUUUUUGCCCAAA